CUUCGGCAGGUGCUACUAGUCUCUCGUCUGACGUGGGUCGCGGCAAAUGUUCGAUACGUGCGAGGGAAAAUCGCGCGGCGCUCGAGUUACGAGAAUACGGGAGGAGCAGCACGCGCGACCGAGGGGGCCGGCUUUCCGCCAAAGUGGAGCGGCUUUUCGAGCGGUAGCGGAAACGAAACCCCGGGGUACUCUGGCAUCAUCAUGAACAUCGAUGAAUUUCGCUCGCGCGGCAAGGAGAUGAUCGAGUACAUAUGCGACUACAUCCGCACGCUGGAGGGCAAGAGGGUGACGGCGAACGUCGAUCCCGGCUACCUGAGACCCCUGCUGCCGAAGGAGGCGCCCGUCAAGCCGGAAUCAUGGGACGCCAUCAUGAUGGACGUCGACGGCAAAAUAAUGCCCGGAAUCACCCACUGGCAGCAUCCGCGAUUCCACGCCUACUUCCCGUCCGGCAACUCGUUCCCCUCGAUCCUGGGUGACCUGCUGUCGGACGCGAUCGGCUGCAUCGGCUUCUCGUGGGCGGCCAGCCCGGCUUGCACCGAGCUCGAGACGAUCGUGCUCGACUGGUACGCCAAGGCGAUCGACCUGCCGACUGAAUUCCUGUCGGAGCAGAAGAACGGCGGCGGCGUGAUCCAGGGCUCGGCCUCCGAGUGUAUUCUGGUGACGAUGCUGGCGGCGCGGACCCAGGCGAUCAAGAAGCUGAAGGAGCAGGAACCCAAUAAGGAGGACUCGGCGUUCCUGCCGAGACUGGUGGCCUACUGCUCCACGGAAUCGCACUCGUGCGUGGAGAAGGCGGCGAUGAUAAGCCUGGUGAAGCUCCGGGUGCUCGAGCCGGACGAGAAGGCCGCGUUGCGCGGCAAACGGCUGGAAUCUGUCAUCAGGGAGGACGUGGCGAGCGGCCUGGUGCCGUUCUACGUGUCCGCUACGCUCGGCACCACCGGCUCCUGCGCCUUCGACAAUCUCGUCGAGAUCGGGCCCGUGUGCAAGCUGUAUCCCAACGUCUGGCUACACGUGGACGGCGCUUACGCCGGUAACGCCUUCAUAUGCCCGGAGAUGAGGCCGUUCAUGGCCGGCAUCGAGCACGCCGAUUCCUUCAACACGAAUCCCAACAAGUGGUUGCUGGUCAACUUCGACUGCUCCUGCCUGUGGGUGCGCAAUCGAGUCAAGCUCACGUCGGCGUUGGUCGUCGAUCCGCUUUACCUUCAACACGCUCGCUCGGGCGAGUCGAUCGACUAUCGCCACUGGGGUAUCCCGCUCAGCAGACGAUUUCGAGCGCUCAAGCUCUGGUUCGUCAUGAGAUCGUACGGCAUCAGCGGCUUGCAAAAGUACAUUAGGAAUCACAUAAGGCUGGCCAAGAGGUUCGAGACGCACAUGAAGAAGGACAGGCGUUUCGAGAUCCUCAACGACGUGCGGGUCGGCCUGGUGUGCUUCCGACUGAAGGAGAGCGAGGAGAUGAAUCAGGAGUUGCUGGCUAACAUUAACGCGUCCGGUCGGCUGCACAUGAUACCGGCACGGGUGAUGGGCAAGUACGUCCUGCGUUUCUGCGUGACGAAGGAGGACGCGACCGAGGAGGACAUCGAUUACGCCCUCAGCGUCAUCGAGGAGCACGCGACGGAGGUGAUGCUGGCGCACUACGAGGGCACGGAGGACGAGUACAGGGCGAAGGGCCCGAAGAGCCCGGCCGCCCUCGACAAGAAACUCGUCCGCAAGUUCAGCUUCACCAGGAGCGUUACCAGAGACGCCUACAAGAGAUCCAUCUCCAAAUCUAGCCUGCACGACGGCGCGACGCCCAUCAUGGUCGUCGACGAUAACUCGCAGGUCGACGCCAUCGACGAUGACCGUUUCUGCAACAGCAGAUCGUGACGAUGUCGAUGACGGUCCCCGGCGCCGACUCGGGACGACGUAGAUGAUAAUAAAAAGGGUCCUCGCUACACGGCCGUGUGAUGCGGGACUCGGACGGCCCACCGUCGUCAAUUUACUGACUCCCGAAGUCGCGUUUGUUGAUAAAGGACCGGCUACCACCGAUUUACAUCGCCACGUAAGUGUUUAGCCGAAUUUUUCGUCUCCGAUCAAGUCCGCUGGACGCCCACCUCGAGACAGUCGCUCGUUUAUAGACGACGGAUCGGUCGUACAUUGUCUCGAGCACGAGCGAUUCUUCGUGGCGACGAAAUUGCGUCGAAUGGCACACGGAGGUAUCGAGCCAAGUUUUGCGACAGAGCGUGAGAUUCUCAAGCACAUUUUAGACAGCUCGUAAUUCGCGACAGAGUUUCGGCUUAAACAAUUUAAUUACGAACGCACGCGUAUAAUGCGAAAGAGAAAGCAUCCGACUAGCAUAGGCUUUUUUUAUUACGAUCGAGUUUUUAUAGGGAUUCGAGAUUUUUAUUAAAAUUAUAGAGGUAGAAUUUUGCCGCACAUGGAAAUUCUGUCCCGAAUUACGGACGGUCUAAAGUGGGUUUUAGAGGCGGCUGCGCGUAUAGUUAACGUAGUCGUUUGAUCUAUUUUGGUAUAUACAUAUAUAUAUGUAUGUAUAUAUAUGUCUGUAUAAGCGAUAGAGAUGAAUCGAUGUACAUAUGUAAUACGUGAUAAUGACUGCCGAUGUACGCACGGACUCUAAUAGUUUUAUAUAAAAUGCUAGUGAAUAAUUAAAGUGUAUCGAUCUCAAUAGAUUUACAAGUGAAUUAAUAGCAGACGACUAUACUGGUCCCAGUGUACACCAGAUAUGUCAGAAUUCUAUUUUUCUUUUUCGCUAAUACUAUAACCGAAACUGCGAAGAGAGAGAGAGAGACGCGUCAAUGUGGACACAUCAGUUACGCUACAUUUAGAAGAUACGUAGAUGCGCGAUACAAAAUCUCGAUUAGAAGAGAAUCGAUCAGUUGAUGAAGACGUGUUGCUUAACGUAGUGUCGUUACUGAUUAAAACUCGAUACGUUAUGAUAAUGUGAUAUCCGACGAUCCAUAAGAGACACCCAAAAUUGCAAAACGAUUUACAACUGAAACAAAGUCUAUACCACAUCUUGGAGACGCUGUAUAGUGGAGUAAAAUUGUAUUAGAACUUCAGAUACACGUGGAUAUAGUGGACGUCAUUAAUUCGUAUAAUUGAGUGGACAAUUGCAUGAUGGACGUCGCAUCGACCAAUAAGAAUAGAUUUUUAAUUUAGUUAUAGACGAUAAUCCUAAUGGAGAUGAGAGAAAAUCGUGAAAUAAUACUUAGGAAGGACGGAACGCGCUUGCAAACUUAAAGAUCUCACGAUUCGGAUUGAUUAAAUUUAUGGGUCGAUGCUAAUACGAAUAUAUCUGUGUACGUGUACGUUUGUCUUUAAUAACUCGCUCCGAUUUAUAAAAAUCAAUUUCAAUACGUACAAAGGUAAUACAGGAGAAUUACCCGAUUACAUUAGAACUUCACGAACGUGAUAGAAUGAUUAUGAAGUAUUUAUUUCAUAUGUACAGAUGUUAUAAUAAAAUUAAAGUUCGUAAGACAACUGAACUUUCUGUCAACCUCGGCUCCCUUUAAUUUUAAUUAUAGACCCCUUUUAAUAAAGCAUUGUUACGGAUUCGCCCCUCUGUCGAGUUGUUUGGAGACUCGCUGAUAUUAACACAGAUAGAAGAAUGACUCUGAAGUCACACAGUGCACUGAUAUCCCCUAAGAUAUUGCUGCCUUAUGCUUUAUUCGGUCGAAACGAGUUUUUUUUUACUGCGGAAGACCCGAAGAAGGGUCGAAACGUUUGCGCUAUUUUGAUUUGAGAA